AGAUCUUUAAUUCGAAUAGGAAAAACAAUUUUUUAGAUUGUGACCCAGCUGUAUUUUUCUGCAGGAUAAUAAUCUAUAUGAUUUGUUUGCUAGAAAAAUUUCAACAUCUAUACAGUAAACAGGAAUACAAUAGAAAAAGGUGCGAGAUAAAUGCGCAUGUCCAAGCCGGUAGCGGUAACGACUGGUUCUGGUUAUUGUGCGUUAUUUUCAUAGUUUUUGGAACAAGAAAUAUGAGAAACAUAGAAAUCAAAGCUCGAGUUGACAACCUGAUAGAGUUUCUAGCUAAAGUGAAAAACAUAAGCGAUACUGAGGAAACUGUAAUUCCUCAAAAGGAUAUUUUUUUCAACUUGCCUGCUGACAGACCAGGCAGACUGAAACUCCGAAAAUACAAAGAUGGAUCAGGAGACUUGGUGUACUACAAUCGACCUGAUACAGAAGGACCAAAGCUAUCUAAUUUCGAGAAAACGUUUUUGACACCUGAUGCAUGCAAUGGAAUAGAACAAAUUCUCUCCACUGCAUAUGGAACUCUUGGAAUUGUGGAAAAAGUACGGCUACUAUAUCUCGUUGGACAAACUCGAAUUCAUGUGGACGAAGUGACUGGAUUAGGUUCGUUUAUGGAACUUGAGGUGGUUUUGUCUGACAAUGACUCGAUUGAACACGGUGAACAGAUCAGCAAGGAUCUUAUGGAGAAAUUGGGAAUCACAAAAGAUUCUUUAAUUUCUGGAGCAUACAUGGAUUUACUUUUGAAGAAAUAAAACCUAUACUUCUUGGAUUUUUCGACUUCAAUUGUGCGUUUUUACAUUGUCAUAUAAGAUAAAAUAUGUAUUUUUCUACGCUUCUCGAAUAAAACAUUUCUUCCUGGAUAAGAAUUUGGUAAGAAAA